AUGGACGAGGAGAAGCAGCAGGCGGGUCCCUCCGCCACAGUUGCUGCACAAACCGGCCCCCAACCGGCCGAGCCUGAACUGGUGGAUAACCAGAAUUUCGAAGGCCAGUUCAACUUCGGUCGGUUGGUUGUUAUCCUGAGCGCCCUAGCCUUCACCUUGUUCGUGUCGUUCUUGGACCAGACCAGCGUAUCAACCGCGCUCCCCGCUAUUGCGACAGAUCUCAACGCCUUUGAAACUAUAUCUUGGAUUGGCACAUCUUUCCUCAUCGCGAACACUUCGUUCCAGCUCAUAAACGGAAGGCUGAGCGACAUCUUUGGUCGGAGAACAUGUCUCCUCAUCUGCAUGGUUCUUCUCGCCAUCGGCGACCUCUUGUGCGGGUUUGCCAAAUCAGCCGUUGCUCUGUACACGUUUCGUGGCAUCGCAGGCAUAGGGGCUGGCGGCAUCAAUAGCCUCGUCAUGAUCAUCUUCUCGGACCUGACAACAUUGCAACAACGGGGCAAAUACCAAGGACUCAUGGAAGUGAAUAUUGCGCUGGGCAACGGCAUCGGCCCGUUGAUCGGGGGUGCUUUCUCGCAGUCAAGAGCGGGUUGGAGAUGGACUUUUUGGUUCGUUGUACCUGUAACGGUCAUUGCUGGCAUUGCCGUAUUCCUCGCGACGCCUCAGAGUCAGAAAUCUCAGGGCAGAAUGAUCGACAAGGCCAAGAUGAUAGACUACCCAGGAAUGUUCCUGAGCCUAGCCGGCGUCAUCUUCAUCCUAGUACGCAGCAGCUGCCUUCCCGCAUCCCAAGACAAAAUCCCAGCUAACCCCACCCCACAGAUCCCCAUCUCCGGCGGCGGCACCACGUACGAAUGGUCGUCCGCCCUCGUCAUCAGCUUCCUCACCAUCGGCACCAUCCUCAUCCUCGCCUUCAUCAUCGUCCAAUACCGCUUCGCGCGGCACCCGACCAUGCCCUUCCGCCUCUUCGAGCUCCCCUCGGCCAAGAUCCUCUUCGCGCACAACUUCAUCUCGGGCGUCGUCUACUACACGGACCUGUACUACCUGCCGCUGUACUACCAAGUCAUCCUCGACAAGUCCCCGCUCAUCUCGGGCGUCCUCAUCCUGCCGCUCAUCCUCGGCUUCUCGCUCGCGUCGGCGGCCGGCGGCCUCGCCAUCGCGCGCCUCGGCCGCUGCAACCCCGUCAUCCGCACCGGCUACGUGCUGUGGACGGCCGGCGCGGGCGGGCGGAUCGCGUUCGGGCCCACGACGUCGCUGGGGACGAUUGUGGGGUGUCUGGUCGUCGAGGGGGUGGGGCUGGGGUUGUCGAUGCAGCCGGUCAUGAUUGCGUUGCUGAGCAACACGCGCAAGGAGGAUCGCGCGGUGGUGACGGGGCUGCGGAAUUUUUUGAGGACGGUGGGGGGCGCGGUGGGGCUUGGGGGUGCGGCGGCGGUCAUUAAUAACGUGCUUGUUGAUCAUUUGCCGGCGGGCUUGCCGCGCGCGGCGGCGUCGCAGUUGUCGAUUUUGUUGGAUACGUUGCCGAAGGAGCAGAGGGCCGAGGUGGUGGAGGUGUAUAUGAGGGGGUUGCAUAUUGUUUUUUAUUUUGGGGCGCCGCUGAUUGGCGCUUGUUUGGUUAGUAGCGCGUUUUUGACUGAUGUGCCGCUGGCGACGGCGCAUGAUAGGUAUAAGAAGGAAGGGGAGGGAGGAGGAGGAGGAGGAGGAGGAGGAGGGGCGGCUGUGGUGGAGCGGGAUGGAGGGGCUGAGAAGAGGGCGCAGAGUAACGGGGAGAUUGAGCCGGUGGCGGGAAAAGAGGCAGAAGCAUCAACAUCAUCAGCAGCAGGUGGAGGCGCCGGAGAUACGGGAGAACGCGGGUUGGUUCGGCCGGGGAGAGAAGGAGAUACUAGCGGGACUUCGAGAACGAAGUUUGCUGAGGAGCAAAAGGAGUCAAAUGACCAGAUUGAAACUCUGCAGGCGAAAAGAAAGGAGUAG